GUCUGUGAAAUCCCGCGCAGAAUACAAUUUGAAGGCGAAGCAUGAGAAGCUUAAUCAAACUACAACGCUUGUGUUCGAGCUCAAGCUGCAAGAUUAUCCAUUUCCGCUUCUCAAACUUGUACAAGAUUAAUCGUUUUGUAACGGUUGCUCAACCAUCAAAGCCUAAUAAGAAAACCCACUCCAAACAAGCACCAGAAACCGGCGGAUUUGGCUCGCUCUUCACUGAAAUUACUGAGAUUUUGGGAGCUGAAAACGUUACUGCGGAUAAAACCCCAUCUGGGUUUUUGAUUUCGGAGGAAACCCAGGUGAGGGUUGGGGAAGAAGAUUGCCAACCUUGCACGCAAACUGUUUGUAAAAAUGCGGAGGAGAGUGUACAGCAAGAAAAGAAAGAUAUAACAGGUUCGGAGGAUGCGCAGGCGGAAAAUUUGGCUGAAAGUGAUGUCAGCCCCGUGGUUCAGGAGGUUACAAAGAUUGUCAGGACGGAGAGUGGUUUGGUUUCAAUGGAGGAGAUGUUAGAAAAAUCGGGUUUUCCGUUGGAUUCAGAUAUUGUUGACAAAGUGUUGAAGAGGUGCUUUAAAGUGCCACAUUUGGCUUUGAGGUUCUUCAAUUGGGUGAAGCUCAAACAAGGGUUCUGUCAUACAACUAAGACUUAUAAUACCAUGCUGUUUAUAGCUGGGGAUGCAAAAGAGUUCGGGAUGGUGGAGAAGUUGAUGGAGGAAAUGGAAAAGCAUCUGUGCGAGAAAGAUGUUAAGACUUGGACUAUUCUCAUCUCACAGUAUGGAAAUGCUAAGUUUAUUGGCAAAGCAUUGUUCUUCUACGAAAAGAUGAGGAAAGAAGGUUUUGAACCGGAUGUAGUGGUUUACAGGUCGAUGAUACGUGCACUGUGUAAUACUGGAAAACCUGAAGUUGCGAUGGAAUUUUACAAGGAGAUGGUACAGAAGGACAUGGGACUUAGCAUAAAUUUAUACAAGCUGUUAUUGAAUGGUAUAGCUAGCUCCGGCGAUACUGCUUCUAUUGCCUUGGUUUCAGAUGACAUGAUUAGAGUUUCGCAGAUUCCAGAACACGUUGUUUAUGGUUGUGUGUUGAAGAGUUUCUGCAUAUCUGGAAGAAUCAGAGAAGCUUUGGAAUUUAUUCGUGAGCUCAAGAAUAAAGAGGUUAUGCUUGGUCCUGAGUAUUUUGAGGCUUUGGUGAAAGGAUUGUGCAUGGCUGAUAGAAUCACAGAUGCUUUGGAAAUUUUGGAAAUUAUGAAGAGGAGAAAUAUUGUUGAUGGGAAGGUUUACGGGAUCGUCAUCAAUGGGUACUUCAGAAAUAAUGAUGCUGAUAAAGCGCUCGAUCUGUUUCAUAGCAUGAAAGAAUCUGGAUACGUGCCUACAACUUCUACCUACACAGAACUGAUGCAACACCUCUUCAAGUUGAAUGAAUUUCAAAAGGGCAGUGAUCUGUAUGAUGAGAUGCUGGAAAGCGAAGUUGAGCCAGAUAUUGUGGCGAUCACAGCCAUGGUUGCAGGUCAGGUUCGUCAAAACCGUAUAUCUGAAGCAUGGAAAAUAUUUAAUAGUAUGAAGGACAAAGGCAUCAAGCCCACAUUGAAGUCGUAUUCUAUAUUCAUUAAGGAGCUUUGUAGAAUUUCAAGGACAGAUGAGAUUCUCAAGGUCUUUGAUGAUAUGCGAGCAUCUGAUAUAGUCAUUCGAGAUGACAUAUUUAAUUUGGCUAUGUAUCAUAUGGAGAAAAAGGGAGAGAUGGAUAACCUUGAAAAAGUAAAGCAGUUGCAGAGGAUCUAUAAACUUCAUCCACGAGAAAGAGAAGAGGUUUCUAAUAUUGAAGCAUCCGGGGGUGACGAACUCAGUACACGGACGGACUUUAAUUAUUUACAACCAGCGAAGAUGGAUUGUACGUUAGUGGAGCCGCUUUCAAAGGCUUAUGAUGAGCAUCAUUUGCAAGAUAUUUGUAAAAUUCUGUCCUCUUCAACAGAUUGGCCCUUAGUUCAGGAAGCUUUGAAGAAUUCUGCUGUUGAUUUCACUCCAGGACUCGUUGUGGAAAUUUUGAGGAAUAGCAGCGUGCAUGGUUUCGUAGCAUUACAAUUUUUCGCAUGGGUAGGAAAGCAAACUGGUUAUAGCCACACUACUGAUACUUACAACAUGGCUAUCAAAACCGCAGGGCGCGGAAAAGAUUUCAAGCACAUGAGAAACCUCUUUUACGAAAUGAGAAGAAAAGGUUUCUCAAUCACACCAGAUACAUGGACAAUAAUGAUAAUGCAAUAUGGUCGAACAGGAAUGACAGAGAUUGCUCUGCGGAUUUUUGGUGAGAUGAAGUCUAGUAAUUGCCAACCAACUCUUAGUACCUACAAGUAUUUAGUCAUAUCUCUUUGUGGGAGAAAAGGUAGAAAAGUAGACGAAGCAAUUAAAAUUUUCAAGGAGAUGAUCCGUGCCAGUCAUGUACCUGACAAAGAGUUGGUUGAAACAUAUCUUGGUUGUUUAUGUGAAGUGGGUAAGCUCUCAGAUGCUAGAAGGUGCAUAGAUUCUCUUCCUAAAGUUGGUUUUUCGAUUCCUCUUAGUUAUUCCUUGUACAUUAGGGCUCUAUGUCGAGCCGGGAGGUUGCAAGAAGCUUCAGCAUCGAUGGAUAAUGUUGGGGAAGACCGAUCAAAACUGGAUCAGUAUACUUAUGGGAGCCUUGUACAUGGACUUCUGCGGAGUGGACAACUAGAAGCAGCACUGGCCAAGGUGGAUUCUAUGAAGCAGGCGGGUGUAAAUCCAACCGUCCAUGUUUAUACAUCCUUAAUAGUUCACUACUUGAGAGAGAAGCAGAUAGGAAAGGCUUUAGAAAUUUUUAAGGAAAUGCAACAGAAGGGUUGUAAACCAACAGUCAUUACCUAUUCUGCACUUAUUCGAGGGUACAUGAACAUGGAAAUGGUUUCCGAAGCUUGGGAUGUCUUUCACAACAUGAAACUUACAGGAACAUUGCCAGAUUUUAGAAUGUAUUCGAUGUUCAUCACUUGUCUUUGUAAGAUGGGCAAAUCUGAAGAAGCAAUGCGGCUUAUAACUGAAAUGUUGGAAAGUGGGAUUGUUCCGAGUGUGGUGAAUUUUCGAACCAUAUUUUACGGGCUUAACAGAGAAGGUAAGCAAGAUUUGGCUCGCACUGUAAUGGAGCAAAAGCUAUCAUUAAUAAGAAGCCGCAAGGUGUUAGCAUAAUUCCUCCUAUUCCUCGUUUCAAAUUUGGAGGUGCUGGUAGUGGUGACAUAGGAGUAGCACGGUGUGCACUCUUCCCUCCGUUGCUUCAGAUCUGACUACAUUAGCUUUCAAGAUUUCUCAUUCGCCCUUGCUCUUCUCCGACCAAAGGAAACCAAAAGUGAAAGGUGAAGCUAACACUGCGACGGAGGAUUGGUUUUUCAAGAUAAAGGAUUUGAAAAUGUCUUUGCAAAGGAAAAUAGGCUAGAUAAGACUGAAAACAAGAAAAAUAAGACAGUGAUGAAGCUGAUGAUGACUAACGACAACGAGGAUGACAAAGAUGCUGACAGAUUUUCAAGAUAUGAAAACUUAAAUGGGGAAAAAGGAAAAAUCGCCCUCACGAAAUGCGGUUGCUGCUGGAGAACUGGUUGUGUCUCCAUACCUGUACAAAUUGAAAUUGCGUCCUGAGGCUUGACCGAUGUGGUUCUAAGGGUUCCAAUGUAAUUGAAUUUCUGUUGGAAAAUUAUAGACUCGACUGCUUGCUUGGGCAACAAGAAAUUUUCUUUCCUACUUCAAAGGAAUACCCGCAGGAACGACA